ACCGCACCGUCAUGCACAAAACACAUCACACUCUCAACUCUCAAUCUCAAACUCGAAUUCCAAAUCGAUAGUAAUUCAACAAGUUCCAUAGCUAGCGAUAUGAAGUUGAUCGGCGCAUUGCUCAUCGCCGCCGCAUUGAUCGCGGCCGUUGCUCCCCCGAGCGAGGCCGCGAUAGGAUGCGGCGCGGUGGUUUCAUACCUUAACCCAUGCCUCCCCUACGUGACAAACAAGGGUCCCUUAGGGGGGUGCUGCGGCGGCAUCAAGGGUCUCUACGGCGCUGCCAAGACGACGCCGGACAGGCAGAGCGUCUGCAACUGCCUCAAAACCCUCGCCAGUUCGUAUAAGGGCGUCAACCUCGGCAAGGCCGCCGGCCUCCCCGGACAAUGCGGCGUCAGCAUUCCCUACAAGAUCAGCCCUUCCACCGACUGCUCCAAGGUGAAGUGAGGUUUGAUCAUGUGAUGCAGAUUAAUGAGCCGUAUUCCGACAACCUACGUAGAAUUACUAUGAAUAAAACAAGGCUCACUUUACUUAUCUAUUGGAUUGGAUAUGAUGAGCCAAUUUUUAGUGUUUUGUUAUGAAUAUUGAGGGUGACUUCUCUUUAUGUCUUUUGCUAUGCAAUUGUCGUACGUUGUAUUAAAAGAUUGCCUUUCUUAUUUA